UAGUAUCGCGGUCAAAAACGCCGUCGACGUCGCUGCCACAAUCGCCACUGCCGCCUCCGUCGCCGCUGGUCAGUGUCUUUUAGGUAGCCGCAACGCAUACGAUGAACGCUUCGCGGUCGGUCGCGGGUUCGUUGGCGUCCGUUCUUGGGUUCGCGCUUAUGCUCAUCGCCGUGGCCGUGGCUGAGUCCGUUCCAGUCGCGCACGACAACGUAGCCGCACUGCAGACAACAAAGACCGCCGUGCCGGCCGAAGGUCGUGGACACUUCAAGAAGAUGAUGUUGAACCCGUACAUGCUGAUACCGCAGCUGAUCGCACUGGGCUUCACGCCGAUAGUUCUGGCCAACCUCAAAAUGAUGGUCAUGUCAGCGCUAAUGAUCAACAACAUGGCCCUGAACGCAGCCAUUUUCAUGACCAUCCGCAACAUGGUAUUCGGCCCGCGGCCCAAGGUCAAGUACGUCAACCACGGUUAUCACGAACACCAACAUCAUCAUAAUCAUCGCCAAGAAGACGGCGAUCGUCAGCACUACCACAAUGAGAGACAGAGUGAGCAGCAGCCACCGUCACUGAAACGCCACACGCCGUCGGAAGGGACACAAAAGGGUACAGACCAACGCCGCAAGAGGACGGAUACAGCCAUCGCUGCUUCGUUGCGACGACCGGCGCCACCACCACCACUACUGAGGCACAGGGUUUAAAAAAAAAAACAAUAACAUUUUUUUUACGCGCCUUUUAAUUUAUAUUAUUCUGUAAACACCGACUAGUCCACUUAAUCAAUUAAGUUAUUUAAUUUGCAUUUUUAUUCGUACGGUCGAAUCAAAGCCCCCAAGUCAACCUAGGUGUCAUAUAACAUGUAAGUACUAUGUACUAAAAGUCACAAUAAGUACCAGAUUCCAAUGAAAAUCGCUAAACAUAUAAUUAAUCAAUAGCCAGUCCCUAUUUUUGUGUGCAUUAGCAAAUGACAAAUAGACAAAAGAAAGUUUAUGUUUACUAGUUACAACCCUUAAAAGAUGUUUGUCUACUGUCUAGUAGCAAAAUUUAAAAAAAGAUAUGGACUAGCCAGUUAUAUUAUAUGGUCCCUUUUAAACAUGAUUUAAUGACUCAUUAAAUUUAAAUAAACCAUAAAAUGAUUAAAGUUUUUUAUACAAUUCGUCUAUUGUAUAGGUAUAAUAUUUACGUACGCAAAUACAUGACCAAGUAUAAAGUGCCAAAAUGGUAUACCUACGUCCUACAAUGUUCCGUGAAGAUUCACUUGUAAAAAAUGUUGAAUGGACGUAUUUAAACUUUACAUUAUCCUAAAUUUGCUUCAGAAGUGUGUUCAUGGUGGGAGGGGUAUCAUAUCCCCGCUUUGAGUUAUUUUUGUAUAUUUACUUCUCAUAAUUUAUUAUUAAAAUAAAAAUUCAUGUUUUUAUACUU